GCGGCCAUGGCUACGGUACCCGUGGGUGCGGGCUCCGCUCCCGGCCCCGAGCUGGCGGAUCUGCACGCCGUGCCCAUGGUGGCCCUCAACUACGGCGUGCGGCGCCGCCUCGGCCUUUACCUCAACCCGCGGGCGGCGACCGCGGCCGACUGGACGGCGCUGGCGGAGGAGCUGGGCUGCGACUACCUGGAGAUCCGGCGGCUGGAGGCGCUGCCCGACCCCACGGCCGCGCUGCUGGACGAGUGGCAGAGCCGCUGUCCCGGCGGAGCCACCGUGGGUCAACUGCUGGAGCUCCUGCGGCAGCUGGGCCGGCACGACGUGCUGUUGGAGCUGGCCAGCAGUGUGGAGGAGGACUGCAAGAAGUACUUACGAAGGAAGCAGCAGGAGGCUGAGCAGCCACUGCAGGUCCCAGCAGUAGACAGCAGCGUGCCGAAGACGUCAGAGCUGAUGGGCAUCACCACGAGGGAUGAUCCGUACGGGCAUGGAACAGAGAUGUUUGAUGCCUUCAUCUGCUACUGUCAGAAAGACCUUCAGUUUGUCCAGGAGAUGAUCAGAGAGCUGGAGCAAACGGAGUUCAAACUGAAGCUCUGUGUGUUUGAUCGGGAUGUCUUGCCAGGAACGUGUGUGUGGUCCAUCAGUGGAGAACUCAUAGAAAGAAGGUGUCGGAGGAUGGUGGUUGUCAUUUCAGAUGAUUACCUGGAAAGCGAUGAAUGUGAUUUUCAGACCAAAUUUGCUCUCAGUCUUUCCCCAGGUGCUCGUCUCAAGCGGCUGAUUCCAGUCAAAUGCAAGACCAUGAAGAACGAGUUUCCAAGCAUCUUGAGGUUCAUUACAAUUUGUGAUUACACCAAUCCUUGCACCAAAAAAUGGUUCUGGACAAGACUGGCAAAAUCUCUCUUGCUGCCAUGAUGCAAAGUUUUGAGAGCCUUUUUUCAAUCUGUCCUGGUUGUGCCUUUGGACCACGGUGUUCCUAUAGCAUCCCACUGCAGAACUUGGAGCCUGCAGUCCUUGGAGCCUGCAGCUGGGAGCAGAGAAUUUCCUCUAGCACUUUUUCAUAACUUGGAAAGGGAAAUAGAAUAACUGUGUGGGUGUUCCUAUUCAAGUCAGCAAGCAACAGCAUCCAGCACUUGGUGAAAUAAGAAAUUUUACUGGAAAUACAGACUUAAAGCCUGAGUCACUGAUACAAGGUGUAAAGUUCUUAAUGAGACAUGGGAAUAUAAAAUGCUGGUAUAAGACAAGAAAUGAUGAAAGCCUCAAACUGCAGGCUCUUUAAAAUAAAAGGUUCAUACUAUUUUACAAGCUCUUUAAUGGCUAUAGUAAUAUUUAGGGUACGUGUCAUUUUAAAAUGUCAGUGAAAUCCCCUGUUGGUUGGGCAGCACAGGAAUUGCUGUGGUCAGUCCCUGGCCUAUGCUUGUUGUGAGUUUCCUUCAGUCUUUCCAAAAGAGCAGAGGCAUAUUUUAAUUGUUAAACCACUGUAAAGCUACUAAUGGUUAUACCUUUGUUCUUAGCAACAUCUGCAAGGUCAGAGCAGUUAUCCUUGUAAUAAUAACUACUGAAUUCAGUUUAUUUCCUGUGGAUGUUUUCAUCCUUAAGCUGUAUUGCAACAUUCCUGUUCCAUACUCCUUUCCUGGGUAAAUCCCUCAUUACUGGCAUCUUCUGAGUAGUCCCUUAUAUCUGACAUAACUGAUUUUUUUUUUUUCCUCAUUGAAGCCAGAACUAUAAGGAAGGACACACUCUUGCAGCAUGUCUGUGUUCAUGUGACACUUGAUUAAUUGUCAUGUCUUAUACCAAUGUUUUGUAUUCCCAGGCCUGAUUAAAUGUUUACAAGAGAGACUUCCUUUAAUAGAAACUCAGUCUUGAAAUCUGUAUUUUUGUGAAAGUCCUUUCUACACAAAGUACAGGAUGCUUUUGCUCAUUGGCUUGAAAAGGAACACAGCUGUGCACCUAAGUGGGUCCAGUUCACCAAUUGUUUGACUUUUAAGAGCCUGCCAAAGCACAUCAGCUUUUAGGAUGCCUCAAAGGCACAGGGGUAAAUACCAAAUAAAGAGUGUACUGAAUUAUAGAUUGGGCUGUUUAAAUUAUAGAAGAUAAUGUUACCUUAAUAGGAAAGAGCAUCUUUUAACUAAUCUCCACAGUUGUUAAUGUGUGAGCAAGAAUUCUGCCCACAGUGGUGUUUUACAGUGACCUAUUGGGAUAUUAAACAGAUUUUCAGUAACUAUUUACACUGGGAAGAGGAGAAUCUUGCUUAUGUAUCUGCAGUUGCCUGAUCUCUACCACUUUGUUCCUCACCUCAGCCACUGACAUGGGUUGAUUUUACAGCUUAAGGUUUUACUAGCUUAUGUCUUUAAGAUUGUAUCUGGAUUAUGAUUGAUUUUUUUAAAGAUGUGUUUUAAAGCAUUACCAGGGCUGACUUCCUCAGACAGGGACAUGUGCACCUGUCUCUUCUUCAGCCACCCCGUAAAUGAAUGUUUACUUACCAGAAGUUGCUGCCAUGUCUGUUGCUGCUUCCUCCUGGCCAAGAGAGGCCUGUCCUUGAUCUGAACACAGCAAUGUGUGUGUUGACAUGGGGACAGUUUUAGGGUAGGCUCACAAACUCAGUGUUUUUCAGUCCCUUCUAACUGCUGGCAUGGUACCAAGGUGAUAUUUGCACCAUUCUGUCUUGUUGACUCCAGUGAGAAGCCUGUGCACAUCAGAGGAGAGAAGUUAAGCUGAUGAUGAGUUUCUGAAUAGUUCAUCUUCAUGUCCUCUUGCCCUCAGGUCCCUCCUGCAGGAAGGAGACAGCUGCAUGCCUUAGGGCUUUUGCAUAAUCGUUAAAUGUUAAUUAUAUAAGAGUUUCUGGAGGCUGCUUGAUCCCCAGUCACUCCUGGGGCUCGAUGAAUUCCCAUACUCCAGAGCGUCUAUCAACAUUAAUUACGGGUCACUGCUCACAGGACUGAACCAGAUCCCUCUUGAAUUGAGAGCUGAAAGAACUCAUCCAAUGUCUCAUUAGGGGCGAGAACAAAAGCAGGAGGCCCUGCUCCGGACACUAGAGGGAGGCAGUGGGCCGUGCUGCCAGCACUGGAGCUGCAGGGCUUGCGCUGCCAGGGGAGAAACCUGGCUGCCCACUGAGGGAAUGGACCCUGAGCUCUGCCUGAGUCAUAGAAUCAUAAAGAUUGGAAAAGACUUCAAAGAUCAUCCAGUCCAACCAUCAGUCCAUCCCCACCAUGCCCACCGACUGUGUCCCACAGAUUGGGUUUGGUGGUGCUGGGCUGGGCACAGAAGAAAUACACUCUAUGUUGGCCAUCAAACACUUGUUGGAUGUUUCAACAAAAGGGUGUGUGGAACUUUCUCCUCCUCCAGUUUUGCUGAUAUAAGGAUUUUCUGAGGCCUUUUUGUUUCCCUUUGCUUCUUGCAACCUCUGCUAAGGAAAGUAUAUCUAAAAGUUGGAGAGUUCUGUUGGCAGACCCAACCUGUGCAGUGACUCCUGCAUGGGUCCUGAUACGUGAUUUGGCACUUGAGAUGCUGUAAAUUAGGAGAAAUAACAGCAGCAAGAGCAAUAAUAGUCAACUUUGUAAUAGAUGAUCUGGUGACUGUGGAGCAAGGAAAGUGCAGCUUCUGGAAGGGAAGUCAAAACCAAGAGCUGAAUUCCUAAAUCUUCAGGCUUCCAGUAGAUGAAUUCACACAGAUGUCAGUGCUUAGGAUGGGUUUCAUUAUCACCUAACUGCACUCACUACUCCUGGCUGGCUCAGGUGCAAUGCAAGUAUCACCAUUACUGCCUUCUUACAACAGUUCACAUUUGUCUUGUCCUGUAGACUAAAAUUAUAAUUUUGGGGCAAAGUGAAUUAACAGCCAUGACACGUGAAAUGUAUGGUUUGAGUGCAUAUCCUUGUCUGAGUAAAAUCCAGCUUAUGCACUUCUGACAUUUUUGCAUCUGUCUUGGCACAGUUCUUUAUGAGGUGUGCCAUCUCUGAAUGAUAAAAUCCAGUUACUGUACGCGUGUUUCAGUGGCGGUCGUGGUUCUCCUUUCCCCUUUUGGCACUUAGUGGAAGGUCAAAUGUUUCAACACCUUUAAAAAAGGAACUUAAAUCAUGAUGUUACGUGUUGGGUUUCUUUUUUCCAUUUUGUUUCUUUCCCUCAUUGAAAUUGUCCUUGUACCAAAUCAUUUAUUUUUAUAUAGAGAGAUAUAUAUUUAUAUUACUUUCUAUCCUGAUAAGAAUCUUGUAUAGCCAUUCUGAAAACAGUCAGCAGUUCUGUGUUUUCUCUUUCAAACAAGCUUUUGGUAUGUAACAAAACGUAAAAUAAAGCAGCAAAACCCCA